GGUCCUGCAGCAGGAUGGAGACCCUCGGGAGGGGACGGCUGUCACGCAGGCUGGUGCUGUGCUGGGCCUUUUGGGGACUCUGCCUGGCCUCUUCGGACUACGACGAUUAUUCCCAGAACAUCACCAAUGAGCAGAUGACAACACCAGUGAUCGCACCAUUUCCCCGAGCCAUCCCCGGGGAAAAGGUGACCAUCCACAACGUCACGUACCUGUUGGUACCCGAGGCCGUACGCUCUCAGCUGGGCAGCGCGGUCACCGUGCGCCUCAUCCCCUGCCUCUACACCCUCGUCUUCCUGGUGGGGCUGCCUUCCAACGGGCUGGCCCUGUGGGUCCUGGCCACCAGGACCGAGAAGCUGACCUCCACCGUCUUUCUGAUGAACCUGGCGGCGGCAGACCUGCUGCUCGUCUUGGUGCUGCCCUUCAAGAUUUUCUACUAUUUCCUGGGGAACCACUGGCCCUUCGGGGAAGGCUUGUGCCGACUCACCACAUCCUUCUUCUACGGAAACAUGUACUGCUCGGUGCUGCUGCUGACGUGCAUCAGCGUUGACCGCUACCUGGCCGUGGUGCAUCCCUUCUUCUCGCGUUCUUUCCGCACCCCGGCCUUCGCCGCCGCUACUUGCACGGCCAUCUGGCUCUGCGCCGCCGUCCUCACCCUGCCCCUCACCCUGCAGCAACAGUCCUACCCCCUCUAUGGAGCCGGGGUCACCCUCUGCCACGAUGUCCUCCCCCGGCAUGAGGAUGAUGGGUAUUACUUCUACUACUUCGUCUGCCUCAUCGCCUGCGCCUUCCUCGCUCCUCUGGUGGUGAUGCUCUUCAGCUACUGCUCGGUGCUGCGAGCCCUCCUGCGCAGCGGGAAGAGAUACUCCUACUCCAUGAAGCUCACGGCUCUCGUGGUCUUCACCCUGGUGGCCUUCUACACCCCCAGCAACGUUCUCCUCCUCGUUCAUUACUCCAGCUAUAACUCCAAGCUGUACGGCAACCUGUACAUCAGCUACAUGGUGAGCCUGGCCAUCAGCACCUUCAACAGCUGCGCCGACCCCUUCGUCUACUACUACGUCUCCGAAGAUUUCCGGGAGAAGGUGAGGAGGAGAUUCUUCAGUCACAGCAAACAAAACACCACGUCCCUAAAAACCUCCAAGGAAACCCUCCCUCAAAAAAGUUCCAAAGAUUCACUGGUGUAAAGCCUCCACCCCAGCUCGCUGCUCCCAGGGCGCUCCCAACACACACUGGGGAUGAGAGGAAGACAACACUGGGAUCCCACCUGGAGCAGCGAGCAGUGUUCCCUGGGGUCCUUUCUCCUGCCUGCACAGCUAAAACGGAACCAAGCUGGACCUCCCUGAGAGACGUGGAGCCCGGCCAAGAUGCAGAGAGCUGAACACGUAUGGAUCUGUUACUGGGACACCGCGUGGAACUCCUCAACUGGUCACACAGCGCCAGGGGGGAUGCUCUUCUUGCCAACAAGACCUAGGUCUGGUUUUCCUAACGCCGGUUUUGCAGACAUUGCUAUUUGUGUUCUAUUUCUUUUGCUGCCACUGCCUCGCUUCUGUCCUCGAACGCAUGUUCCCUUCACCUAAAACUGAAAAAGAACAGGCACUUGCAGAACCAAAUUUCUAAACAUUUCUAAAAGUACUAGGAGGUGCCUCUGGGAAAGGUACAGCUCCUGGUCUGAAAUGUUCUGUCGAACAAUUUUCUAGCAAAUACAUUCUUGGCUUGAUUAAUAAGCACCACCACAUAAGAUCAGCCCAUUGUUGGCAACAAGUAUAAAAAUCCCAUUCCCUAAUCCCUUUUUUUGCAAAUGACCCUUGGCAUCCGUAAUUUCUUUGGGGAAAAGACUGCAUUAAUGGAUUUUUAAAAAUGUAUUAUGUCUAUAUUAAAGAAGGAAUUGAAAAAAAGCCUCUCUGUAGAACUCCCCACUCCUUUCGGGUAAUGUCACACACAGCUGAGAGCUGUCUCCUAUGAAUUGGGACCGAGCCUGUUGCUUAUUGGAACCUGUUGCAAACUUGACAAAACACAGCCAGCUCAUCUCUCGACACAACUAGGGCAUAUCCCAGCCAGCAGCAAGGUACACAACGAGCAAUAAACCCCCUCAGAGUUCCUGAAUUCUUUAGUUUUCCUGGUACAGACACGACGUCUGUCCUCACCAUAACCCACGAGCAGACAAACGUACAGCCCACAGUGUAGACAACAAGAAGAGGCAGACAAGGUUGUCUUAAAAUCAGUUUUUAAUAAAAUAUUUAUCAGAAUCUAAAACAAACCCUUUUCCGGACUCAGACUUGCUAAGAUUUGUGUGAACAAAACAAAACAAAGGUCAUAGAAGUGUUGGUGUGUACAUGAGUGUGGGGGCCAAAGGCAGAGCUCACCUCCUGGGGGUGCAGAGGACAGGCCAGCUCCUGGGCACAG